CGAUUAACAAGUUUUACCACCCCUAACUUUGAGUUGGUUUAUUCAAAAGCAAAGCCGAGAAUACCUAUUAGGUUGCUGAUUUUCUUUUUUAACUUUACUAAUUUCUGGUUCGGCGCUGGACUCUAUGGUCAAGGGUCAGCCGGUGUGCCCCAUCCAGCCGCGACAGCCCCUGCCGAACUUUAGUUGACUGACUGUACUUCCUACUGUUCUGAAGACUCGGCCAGAAUUGGGGAAGGAGGAAGGCACGUGACCUAAACUUCCGCCGACUAUUUUUGUGGAAACCGCCGGUCACUCAAGACCAAAAGGAAUCAGUGUUUUUCGUUUCGUCCAAUUUCUUUUAUUCUCGGUUGGGUUUUUCUAAAACCCUUGCCAGUGAAGAAAACGGUAGUGGAUAGAGGUUUUUUCUUUUCAAGUUUCGGAGAUGGGAGCUCUCGCUCCUGCAGUUCCCUGGCUUCCGGAGGAUGACCUUCUGCUGAAGAAUGCUGUUGAGGUAAACUCUUCAUUUGCGCCAUUGNNNAAAGGGGCGGUACAGUUUUCUCGUAAAUACACUGUGCGUGAACUGCAAGAUCGGUGGUAUUCUAUUCUUUAUGAUCCAAUUAUUUCGGCAGAGGCCUCUUGUCGCAUGACAGAGCUUGAGCAUACUACUCCAUAUCUUCCACCAAAGUUCAGCAGAACUGGGAGCACAAAAGAAAGUAAAAGUUUGUCUGAGAAGAGAAAAACUGAAAGUGUCCAUAGUUGUUACUAUGCUUUACGUAAAAGAGUUCGGAAUGAACCAUUUAACUCCAUGGAUCUGAGUUUCCUCAUUGACCCAACUGGUAACAGCUAUAUUGGAAAUGGAGAUGAGCACCUAACUGCAAAUGGAAUUCUGGAAGAUUCCACUGCAAAUCAUUUGGGAUUCGAAAAAUCUCAGAUGGAUAUCAUUCAUCAUGCAUUUCCUCAAAUUUUAACAGAUGGUAGCUCUGUUGCCAUGGAUGAUGGUACUGCCCAUGGCUUUCAUACAGGUCUCCAUAAUUCACUUGAAGAUAAUUUUCCCCUGCAGAAGGAUAAUACAGAUGAAGAAAUACCUCAUAUGAUGACAGAUGAUCUUGCUUUUUCUGGGACUGGCUGUGGGAUUGAGGAGUCAGGUCAAGACAAGGAAUUACCAGCACAUGGCAUGUUUGAAUCUGAUGAUUUGGCAGGGAGACCCCUUUCUAUGUCAGGCCAAAUCAACAGUCAUCAGGGGCAUGCAUGUUUGACCUUUGAAGAGAACCAGGUGUUCAAUUCACCAAUUCCUGAAUGUGCUGCUUCAUUUGAUAACCUUGGAUACUCCUCACUCUCGGAUUUGCAAAGUUGGAGAAUGGUUGAAAGUAUUUCUGCCCCUGAUAUUCCUAUUGGUGUCAGCAUUAGAGAAAAAGAUUUGCAUGAAGGAGAUAAUGGUGAUCCUAAAAUUUCAAGUACGUCAGGAUGUGAUGUUGCCCAUGCAGAUUCCAAGUUGGAAUUGCAGAUGCCAUAUCAGGAACAGCAAAGUCCAACUGGUAGCACAGAUUGCUAUCUGGCAGAGCUGUCAAAUUCCUUGUUCAAUGAGGAAGAGAUGUUUAUGAAUGAUGAUGGUAAAGACAUGAUUGAUAAGUCCUAUUAUGAUGGUCUAAGCUCACUCUUGUUGACCUCACCAAAUGACAUUAAUCAAGAUCACGUGCUCAAUGUUGCAGAGCCAGGUACAUCAGUAACGUUAGAAUGUCUUAAAAAUCCAUCUGAUUCAGGCUGUGGGGAGCUAGAAAACCAUGGGACUACUGAUUUUGCUGAUAUGGAUGCAGUUUGCAAUUCAGAGGCCCAGAUAUUAGUUGAUAUGGCUUACGAUCCUCGCUUUCCUGAAAUCCGUAAUGGAGUUAUUUGCUGUGUUUUAAAUACAGAGGAUACAGAGAUCCCAUGCAAUGAUGAUAUUUAUUUACCAAAUAAGAGUAACUCAUUUGCAUCUUCUUCCUUAGCACGGAAGAGUUUGAAAGAAUCCGGUAAUUCAAUUCCUUCAUCUAGUAAGGAUUUAUCUGGAAAUAGGCAAAGGAGUGAAGGAUAUCCAGUCCUUAUGCAGAAAGAUAAAAAAUAUCCCAGACAUUCAGGCUCAACUUCUCAAAUAAUAGGAUCACAGGUUAUGCAAGAACGCAAUCAACUUCAUCCAGUUGGUGAACAUGACACUAAAUUUAAGUUUCCUAGUAGUGAAAUCCCUCUCAUAUCCUCUAGAAGCACAGGUGGCAAUUCAACUAACGUCAAUUCAACAAAUGGAUGUAAAAGCACUUGCCUGCCUACGAUGCUGAAGGAAGAGAAUGAAGAAAUUGCUCUGUCAAAGGAAUCCUUUUUAGAGAAGCCUGCUUUUAGUGCUGGUGCUUACAGAAGCUAUCCCCCAAAGGAUGUUUGUUGCAUUAAGCAGGAACCAGAUGUUGCGUCAACAAUUCAAAACCAUCAUGGCUCAAAUGCAGAGAUUGCGUCUACAGAUUUUGCUGCCUUGGAACUGGUAGAAAAUCCUUUGCCAUCAGAGCCAGAAGAGCUUCCUAUUGAGAGUGAUGAUGAUGUACCUUAUUAUUCAGAUAUUGAGGCUAUGAUUCUUGAUAUGGAUUUGGAUCCACAUGACCAAGCUUUGUAUGAUCGGCAAGUCUCAAGAUAUCAGCAUGAGGAUACAAAGCGAUCAAUCAUAAGACUGGAGCAAGGUGCUUAUUCUUAUAUGCAAAGGGCCAUUGUAUCUCAUGGGGCAUUUGCAAUCUUCUAUGGAAGACAUUCAAAACAUUACAUUAAGAAGCCUGAGGUUUUACUUGGUAGAGCAACAGAAGAUGUUGUUGUUGACAUCGAUUUGGCAAGAGAGGGGCGCGCUAACAAAAUAUCUAGACGGCAGGCAAUUAUUUAUUUGGACAAAGGUGGAUCUUUCCGUCUCAAAAAUCUUGGCAAGUUUUCUAUUUCAGUAAAUAACAAGGAAGUUGCCCCUGGACAGAGUUUAGACCUUAUUUCCGGUUGUUUGAUUGAGAUAAGAGGAAUGCCUUUCAUCUUCGAAGCAAACCAAAGUUGUGUGAAGCAGUAUCUGGAUGGGAUGAAGAACAAACCCAGAAGCAUAAAAACUGAAUGUUCCUAGUAGUGUCAUGAUUUGGAAUAUUGUCAGAAAGUGCUCAUUUUAACUUCCUUUUCUGGCUUAUCUCAGGAAAUUACAUUCAGUUGGUAGGUUCUCGGAGUCUUGGAUUCAGGUAACUCAUUACGCGUUCUUACAGUUAAAAAGGUUUUUUUUUUUUAUUUUUUUUAUUUUUUUAUUUUUUUUUUAUUCGAGUACCACAGAAAAUUUGCAGCCUUGUGCUAUUAGCGAGGCAUAGUGAAAAUAGGAUGGAUCCGGGACAGGCAGAGAUAGAUGUUCCCGUGGAAUUUUUUAUCCAAGUGCUAGAAUGUUUUGAAAUAGUUGAAAAGCAGUUAUAUAUAUGUCAGAUAGUAAAAAA